GGGACAUAUCCUGUCCCUGCCAAGUCUGAGCACAGAUACUCUGAGCACCUUUCUGUUUGGUGCUCAGAGUUUUGUUUUCCGAGAAAAGAAACCUAAGUGCUCUUGGUGAAAGAACACAGUUCAUAUUCAAGGCUUGUUGAACAGAGGACAGACAUGAAUCCAUUUGCUGUUGCUGCAGGAGCAGCCUUGGCAUUGGCCGCAGCACCUGCCGCUCUGACAGCUGUAGGUUUCACCUCAGGUGGGAUUGCAGCAGGUUCCUACGCUGCGGGCAUGAUGUCUUCAGCAGCAGUUGCCAACGGAGGCGGAGUGGCAGCAGGAAGUUUGGUGGCUGUCCUGCAAUCAGCAGGUGCUGCUGGUUUGUCUGGCGCCACCAGUGUCGCUGUAGCCGGUGCAGGAGCAGCUGUGGGCUGGGUGGCCGGCUUCUUCCGCUAAAAACCUCCUACAAAAUACUUAUAUUGCUUAUGUGUAGGGGUCUGUGCGUAUGUGCUAAUACUCCUGAAGCAUUGUGUUGCAUUAUGAUGAAAACCAAAAAAGCUGCUUGAGUGGAAUUUGAAACAAAACAAAGUUUUUCUCUGUCUUACAAAAUGUAAACAGUCUUACAAAAUAAAAGAGCAAUAAAAGUCUCAUUGAAAGUU